GGAGCGCCGGGCGCCGACGCUGGGGAGGGACUGCCGGAUGUGAGUGGAGCGGCCAUUUCCUGUUUCUCUGCAGUUUUCCCCAGCUUUGGGUGGUGGCCGCUGCUGGGCUUCAGCUUCCCGUAGGCGGAAGGCGAGGCGGCGUGGACAGCGGCCCCGGCACCCCGCGCCCUGCCGCCCGCAGCCGCGCGCCCGCCCGCCUGCUGCUCCCCGAGCCCGCCGCUUCUCGCCUCAGUGCCCGGUCGCCGCCUCCGCCGCGGCCCACCAAGCGGCCCAGAUGCAGGCCAUCAAGUGUGUGGUGGUGGGAGACGGCGCUGUAGGUAAAACCUGCCUACUGAUCAGUUACACAACCAAUGCAUUUCCUGGAGAAUAUAUCCCCACCGUCUUUGACAACUAUUCUGCCAAUGUUAUGGUAGAUGGAAAACCGGUGAAUCUGGGCUUAUGGGAUACUGCUGGACAAGAAGAUUAUGACAGAUUACGUCCCCUAUCCUAUCCGCAGACAGUCGGAGGAACGUAUGGUAAGGAUAUAACCUCCAGGGGCAAAGACAAGCCGAUUGCCGACGUGUUCUUAAUUUGCUUUUCUCUUGUGAGUCCUGCAUCAUUUGAAAAUGUUCGUGCAAAGUGGUAUCCUGAAGUGCGACACCAUUGUCCCAACACUCCCAUCAUCCUGGUGGGGACCAAGCUUGAUCUCAGGGAUGACAAAGACACGAUUGAGAAGCUGAAGGAAAAGAAACUGACACCCAUCACCUACCCACAGGGCUUAGCCAUGGCUAAGGAGAUCGGUGCUGUGAAAUACCUGGAGUGCUCGGCCCUCACACAGCGAGGCCUCAAGACAGUGUUCGACGAAGCUAUUCGAGCCGUUCUCUGCCCACCUCCCGUCAAGAAGAGGAAGAGAAAAUGCCUGCUGUUGUAAAUGUCUGGGCCCCUCUCCCCGCUGCCCUGUCCCCAGGAACCUUUGUACGCUUUGCUCAAAAACAAUGGAGCCUUCGCACUCAAUGCCAAGUUUUUGUUACAGAUUAGUUUUUCCAUAAAAAACCAUUUUGAACCAAUCAGUAAUUUUUAGGUUUUAUUUAAACAAAUAAGUGUAAGAGUUCAAACUUUCAUAUUCUAUUAAAACUUAGCCCUAAAAUGACAAGCUUUCUUAAAGCCUUAUUUUUCAAAAGUCCCUAUUCUUGUUCAUAUUAAGAGUUGCCAAAAUACCUUGUGAACUAAGUCGCAUUGCUGUGCUAAGAACACUAAGCACUAAACUGCUCAGAGGCCUGUCUCUGAGAAGCCCAGCCUCCGCGGGGAGGGAAGGCAGACACUUCCUAACGCGUUUCCCAGGCCCGAGCAGCGCAGCUUCCCUUAGGACGCGCUGCCGUUCACUGCUCCGUCACUUAACGCGCGUGGUCGCUGCCUAACGCUGCACUGUAUGUCGUAGUGGGAUGAGUGUGACAGCCCAACUCUUUGGAUCGGUCUUUCUGAUUUCGGAGUGAUUUUUUAAAAAAAUUAGUGUGUGAGCUUUUGCUGAGAUUUUGAACAGAACUCUUACUCACGUGUUCCUCUGUUCUGCCCCAGCCGUGGGCGCACGGGGCAAGUACGGAACACCUGAUGUGAUCCAAGGAUGAAGACGGCAGUAUUUUGACAAAAUAGGAAGUGGAGAUUAAUUUACACUACAUUGUACACAUAAUAAUUAAACUGAAUAAAAGUGUCAUGGGUAAAAUUUUAAAUAGGUUAAUUUCUGUCAAAUGUAGUAGAUGAUGAAGAAAGUCGGUAUUAAUCAGUGUUUUCUUAAGCUUUUCGUUUUUCUUAAACCUGCGAUCCCUCCCAAAACUGGGCAUUUAAUUCAUCUUUGAAAUGGUCAUUCCCACGGUUACUAACUGAGAAAGUGCUUUUUUUAUGGAGCCCUUCUCACCGGGCAGUAUGCCUCCUUGUAUAAAACCUCUCUUGAUAACACUUUAGUUGUUUUUUUUUUUUUUUAAUUUCUUGUAGAUUAGUACAAGUGCAUUCCUGUUUUCAUGUUCCUUUAUUCAAAGCUAAUAAGUGCUUUCCUUACUUAGUUUUCUAGUAACUAGAUGUAAAAAUCACGUGUUGCAUCUUUACAGUUUUUAAAAUAUUUUAGAUAUUCUUACUAUGAACCUUCCUGCCAUCGCUGUCUUGCCAGCCCCCACCGCACCUUGCCUGACGCUGGCCCUCCCUGCCUCCCCGCGGACACGCUCCCUGUCGCUCUGCCUCACGAGGCCCCUGGGGGCGAGCCCCGCGCUCGUGCUCACCGAGUCCUGUGCAGCUCGCCCACUGGCGAGGCGACGAGGCAGGACCUUUCAACCACUAGAACAACAUUUUUUAAAUUGACAGUUGCAGAAUUGUGGAGUGUUUUUACAUUGAUCUUUUGCUAAUGCAAUUAGCAGUAUGUUUUGCAUGUAUGACUUAAUAAAUCCUUGAAUCAUAUGAC